GACCAAGCUAGCUAGAUGCAUUUGAAAGUUGUUGACAUCAGUGAGUGACAUUUUGUAUUGAACAUGUUGACGAGCUGGGGCGCUAAGAAAUGAAAUGUGCGUUUGUUGUUUUACAUUAAUUUCAGAAAGUGAUUUGGCUAGUAUGUGCAAGUAGCUGGCAUCGCAAGAUGUGAGCUUUGUUUGUUGCCAUAGGGUUUAGGGGGCCUAUUUUUGUGUACAGGACCGCGAAGACGGUUUAUCUAGCUGUCUUAAGUCACGAUAGGUACGCUGCCACACGUGUAUCGAUCCAUGAUGAUCAAUGAUUCAUCCAAUUAUAGAUACACCAGCAGUACAAAGGCAUUACUUCACAACGUUUCUUUCGACAGUUAAUCAGCUGUCCAUGUCAAAGUAAAUCAUGUCGCGACCAACAGCUGUCAAUGGUAUUUUGACGAACAAGAAUGAACUUGAUGAGAUAAAUCGAAGACUAAAGCAGAAUGGUAUAGAUCCACGGAUUGGUGACCAGGCCAAGCUUCAGGAAUUAUGGCAUCUGUUUGCACGAACUGAAGCUGAUCUUCUGACCUCAAAGCAAGCAUUGAGUGGAGCUGAGAGGCAACAUGCUGUGGAAAUGCAGGAGGUUGAGAGUUACAUGGAACAGGUGCGGCAUUUGUCAGAGGAACGAGAUGCAUUGACUCAAGAAUUUGAGAUGGAGAAUGAUCAACUGAAGAAAGAUGUAGAGAAACUCAGACAAGAGAUUGCUGAUGGCAAAAGAGAAGUGACUCAGUUGCUGAUUCAGGAAGGAUUUAUGGAUCUUGCUGAUGGCACGCCAAGUGAAGCUAUUGCUUAUUUUCUCGUGGAAAGGACAAGAACAAUGGAUGAACUUAGAGAAGCCAAACGGAAAGCAGCUAGCAGUCCUGGUGGAGCUAUCACAACAAGCAAACAGGUCCAAGAGGUUCUUGAUAAAGAAAGGAAAAUAAUGGAAGAAGAAAUGCGAACAGAGAGGGAGAAAGUCAGAAAGAUGAAAGAUAGUAUUGAACAGAUAUAUGCUAAAGAGCUUAACAAAGUCAAAGCGGAUAGCAAGCUGAAAAUAACAAGCUUGGAGUCACAGAAACGUCGCUUAGAGCAGGAAGCCAGACAUCACCACCAAAAAACCAGAGACCUCGAGUUUGAGAUGGACAGACUCAAGAAAUCAUUGGAAAGAGAGAAGAAAGAACGGAGGGAGGAAGUAGAGAAACUGCAACAGCAGCUCCCAGGUUCUCCACGGGACCUAAAUCAGUCUGAGUUAUCGCAGUUAAGAGAAGCUAAGAAGAAACUGGAGAUGGAGUUAUCAACAACAAAGUAUCGUCUCAAGACAGGGGAGGAGGAUAAACACAAACUCAACCAACGUGUGAAAGAGCUCACAGAGUCUCUGGAUACAGAGAAGAAACGUCGAUCAUCGUAUGAGGGAACUAUCAUCAAACUAAAAUCAGUAGUUGACAGGAAUAAGAAACUUGUCACUAGUCUUGAGGAUGAGAAGCAAACGUUAUCUGAGGAGAAGUCUGCCCUGCAGAUGCGCAUUGGCUUCUUGGAGAAAGAUUUGCAAGAGCUAAAAGAACAAGAAAGGAGCCUUCGUAAUCAAACUACUUCCCUGAAAUCAGAACAAACCAUCAUUGAACGACAGGAGAGUGAGAUCAAAAGCUUACGAGAAGAAAAAGAGCAACAAGCAUUGAAGCUGCAACGAACAAUGGUUUCCUUGGAAACAGAGAGAAGAAAAUGUCUGGAGUUAGGGGAGAAGCUGACAUCUACGGAAGAAAAAUGGGAGCAGAUUGUUCAGAGAUACAAGAACAAUGAGAAAGACCUGGCUAACAAGUUGGACAAGUUGACAAGAGAUCUUGACUUCUCCAAGUCAGAGCUAGAGGCAAACCAUCAACGAAUGCACCAGAUUCAACAAGAGCAUGAUAAGCAACUGGAGGAUGCAAGGGGUGAAACUCAGACUUUGAAGGAACAACUUCAGCAGGAGAAAGGUCUUUCUAACCAAGCUGAUCGACAUAGAGAAACCAUUAAAGAGCUAGAAGGCAUCGUUGAUGAACUCAAGAAAGACAGAGAUGUCUUAGCUAGGGAACUACAAAUUAUGAUUGGUAAAGAGCAGAAGCACAAAGAGAAGAUGAUGUCAAUAGAACAAUCAGCAGAAGAGAUUAAGAGACUGGAGGCACAGCUGGAGAACAGUGUAAUGAAACAGAGCAGUCUUGUGGAGGAACUCAGUGAAGAAAAAAAGAGAAAUCAGAAAUUACAAGACCAGCUGAAUUUUAGCCAAGAGACAUUGAAGAUAGCAGAGCAAUCCACUGAUCAUCUGAAGGAGAGUAUUGGACGUAAAUCAGCUGAGCUUGUGAAACAAUACGAUUGGUCCAAAGAAAAUCAGUUGAAACUUGAGAACAAAGUGAAGUCACUCCAGAGAGAAUUGGAUGAAGCAAGAUCAAUGACACACCAAGAUAAGACAGCAGUUUCUUGGAGAUUAGAGAGAGAGGAGAAGAGAGUGAAGGAAUUGGAGGAUAUGCUGACUGAGAAGAAAGAGGAAUUAGUUGAAGCACGUCGGGAAUCAGGGAGGAUACUGAUGAAUCAAACCAGAGCUGAGGAGAGAGCUCAAGAAGAGGCAAGACUACGACUUGAUGUGGAACAGAGAAACAAAGUGUUGGAAGAAGAAAUGACCAAGCAAUGGACUCAGCUGAAGGAUCUGAUGGCUAGACUAACAGCUAACGAGUCAGCCAAGCAAGAACUAGAGGUGCAACUUGAAAAGCAAACUAAUGAGACGCGUCAACGUUAUAGUGAGAUCCAGCAAGUGCAGGCAGAAACUAAUGCUACAACGAGCACGCUCAGUGUGGUCCAGCAACGAGCACAGGCUGCUGAACGCAAGAUUCCAGAAUUGCAACAGCAAUUGGAUGAGAAAUCACUUCGCUUACAGGCUACUGAGGCUCAGCUACGAGAUUUAACAUCUACUAAGAUAGACUUACGAACUUGUAAAGAUGAUAUCAACAGGUUGAAGGCACAGUUGCAUGAAGAAAGGAUUGAUAAGUCUUUACUGAACCAGCAGCUUGAAGAUGCCAAGCAACAAGUGGCAGCUUGCAUUGAACGAGAAGAGAGACUUCGGCAUGAAAACUCUGAUAUGAAGCAUAGGCUGAUAGAAACACAGAACAAGUUGUAUGCUACAGAGGAUAAAUCCAAGUCUGUUGAAGAUAUGCACUCGUUAGCAGAGCAAGGCAAGAAAUCACUUCGAGAUCAAGUAUCUUCAUUGCAGCAAGAAGUGCAGCGUCUCCAAACAGAACUCAUGCAGACAUCUCAACGACUUGAUGCACAAAUCACCAAAUAUGAAGAACAUAAAUUACAUCAUAAAAACAAAAUACAGCAGGCUCGGGAGAUUUUUACGAGGCACAAGUCAGUGUUAGCUGACAGCUUAAUGAAAUUACAGCAGGAUCUGAAUACAACAAAUGCGGAGUUACAGAAAGAACAGAACAACAGAGAAAAUCUACAGAAAAAACAUGACAGCCUUUUGGAGGAACAUCGCAAACUGCUUGCUCUGCAUUCAGAUGCAGAGGAGGCAGUACGAGACCAAAAUCGCAAUGUUAGCACCAUGGACUACAGGGUCAAGUACUUAGAACGAGAAAACGGAGUCUUACAGGACCGCAUCGAUACACUGAGUAGGCAACGGGUUGCCAUGGAAAAACUCAUCCGGGAAUACAGGCUGGAAAAACAGAAACAGGAGAUUGACAAGUCUUUGCUAGUUUCAUCUUCAGGGGGACUUGUGUUCCCUUCUUCACCUCUGAGUACGUUAAAUUCCACUGUCCCCAAAACCACAUUAACUAGUGGUCUUGGGUUGUCUCAGAGCCCGAGUUACAUUUCAACCCAUGAUCCACGUUUCACCAACAGCAGUCACUCACUACGGUCAAGUCAACCAGGAAGGAUACCAGGACAUGAUCUAAGUCCGGCAAACCGAGAGUUACUACGGAGUCCCGAGUUGAGUAACACACAAAGCUCAGAUGAAUUGUGAGAUAAUCUCUGAUGAGUGAUUGCUGUUACAUCAUUGGUAGAGUGAGUUACAGUAAUAAAUGUGAAGAGAUUCAAGUGACAAAUGUACUGACUUGGGACAUCUGAAAAGGGAAUUUUUAGUGGAAACAUAAUUUCAUUCAGUGACCAGUAAUACGAAAGGGAUCUUGAAUUGUGUAAGCCAAUUUGACCUUUUAGAAGCAAUAAUGGAUUUUCAGUUCAAUAAAAUUCAUACGGUAUUAAAUUUAUGAAGAAAAAAUGUUUUACGUAAAUAUGUGUAUUUCAAUUUCAUGACCAUUUGGGACCGAGUUUUAAGUGCCUAGUUACCACCCCAGUGAAGUGUACCAGAUGCCUGAAAGAAUGUUUUUUUGUACAAAGUAAAAAGUGUCAAGGCCAUUUAGACAAAAGAGCUGGUAUUAUUUAUUGCUGCGUACGGAAAACAAACGAUUCACACAGGAGGGACUUUUGAAUCUGUAGUUACAUUGCAUAAUUCUGUGAGAUUUAUGCUUAACAUUUUCCUGAAGUUGUGCUGUAAAAUUCAAAUCAAACACUUCUAUAUUUAUACUGAAAGUGUGCUGUUUUUGUUGCUUAUAAGGUGAUAUUUUAUUGAACUCUCUAAGAUAGUUACUUUUUAAGCCUACUGAGUGUUUCUUUGUGCAAGCUACUUUGAUUUUUUGUCUCAAGAACUCAUUAUCGUACAUAUAGUACAUGUACACUCAAAAUAUGCAUGUUCAAUAGGGAUUUAUCUUGUUUCACAGUGUGGAUGGUAACGUUUUUCAGGGAAGGUACAUUCACAUGUACGUAGAAAUAUCAAAUCAGUAAUUUCCUGUUAUUUGGGAGAGGGCACUUUACUGCAUUUGCCCAAGAAAACAAACUAACAAAUAUGCAUUUGUAUUCUACAUUGACAGACAGCAGUGGUUGAAGCUAGCAGGCUGAAAUACAUGUAGAACAGAAUGAAUUUUAGCUUUUGUAUCAUUUGUAUUCCCAACAGAAACCUCUCAGGUUUUUAAAAAUUCCGUAUGUCUUAAACUGUUGGAUUUUUGUAUAUUUGUACGACGUCAAACACGUUCAAAAAGAAGGUGAAGUUCAAGUCACUACCGCAUUUGAUGUGCCUUUUAGAGCAGUUUGAUCUCGUAUUUAAACCAGAGUGAAGAAAGGAAAUGUACUGAUUGACUUCUCAACCAUCAUAUUUGUAGUGCUUUAAUAAUAACCAAUUAAUUUUCUGAAUGAGAACUUGUGAAACGUACAAAUUCUAGUGAAUUAAAAAACAUGUUG